AUGCCCCGACGCAGACGUAAUUACGACUUUGACAUUCAUGUUGAUCCCUCUUGCUUGAGCGAAGCAAUGGAAGAAGAAACGAGAUCUCAACCCGGCGACCUCGACGUCGUUGAAGACGCGGCAGCACCCGCUCAUGAGGAAAUGCACACCGACGCUCCUCCCGAGCCGCAGGCGGAUGUGACUGCGCAAUCUGAUCAUGCCGCAGACGCCAGUAUGGUGUCCGACGUCAUGAGCUCAAAUGAAGAGCGGUCCGAAGCACUGGACGAAAGCCACGACAUGAACAACGAAAGUGUCGACAGGUCCAUUCUAAGCCACGAUAACGAUUUCGAGGCAGACCAGGAACAAAGCUACGUCGACGAGUCAGUCGUUGAAGAGGAGGAAGACGAAGACGAAGAAUCCCAUUACGAGACUGAAGCUCAGCCAGAGGAAGAAUCCGUUCUCCCCAGCAUAGAAAGCGACGGCGAGAGCCAGGACGAGGACGAGGACGAGGAUGAGGAGCAAGAUCUUUCUAUACUCGAUGACUCCAACCUCCAAGACGACCGGACCUCACACAGAGGAGGCUCAUCUCGGCGGACCUCGGGACGCACCGAGGCACUCAUUCAACAAGCUGCGCGAGACAUUGUUGCUGCUCUUGGCACUCCUCGAAACGAGGAAGAAGACGAUCAACAGGAGCUAGGACAUGACUCAGUCGUGAGCACUCAUACAGAUAUUUCGGAAGAACAACAUGAGCCUAGCCAUUUGUCCAUGACGGAGAAUCACGAGGAGGAACAGACACAAGCACCCGAGAUGCCGACUACUACUGAGGAGGGCGGGGAUAGCAGCUCUCAGCACGGCACAGAGGAGGACAUUUUUAGUGAAAAGAGCGCAAGGAGUUCCAUGGGAUCUUACGAUGGAGGAUCCGAAUCUGGCAAGGAUACGACUAUUGUUGAUGGAGUGUCCACUACAACACGAAGUCCCCGCAUGUCCGACAUCUCUCAGUAUGACUACAAAGGAGACGACUUCGUGCCAACCAUACGCGGAAAUCCCAGACCACCUUUCCGCAGUCCUUCAGAUGUCCGCGCCAUGCAAAUGUCCUCGCCACCUCCUUCAGUCUUUGGCUCAGUCAUUGGCUCUCCACGCCCGGCCAAGCGUCCGUUUCCUACAGUGUCUCGUCUUGGCAGCCCAUCAAACUCGGCUCAGUAUUCUCCCAAGAACAGAACACCAUCCCGUUUCAAGGUCAAGGAGGCGCCUCUUGUUUUGCUCCAUGUCACGCUGCUGCCUCUCCGGUGGAUGUGGGGUGAUAUCAUCAACAGCUUUGAUGCUGAAGACAUGAGUGAGCAGGCAAAAACACUCCGCGAAGCAUGGCGUAUGCUUCAAGACCGCAUGGGUGACACCGUCUGCGAGAGGGGUAUUCUUCUCGGUCAUCCGCAAAAUGACUAUGAGAUACUCGAGGAACGCCUGCUUGAGGCGCUUGAUUUGCCUGUGCGGCGUCGUGCCCGAAUCCUUGAAUGCGGGCACUAUCUCGGACCAGCAAAUGAAACUGCCAUCGUCGAUGACUCUGAAAGCGAGGACGAGUAUGAAGUUACACAGCGCCCUACGCAGCGACACUGGUGCAAGACAUGCAAUAACGAAAUCGCCUAUGAUGCUCUCUACCCUGGCAAGAUCUUCCGUGUCAAGGUCUAUGCUAGUAACGGACUCAUGAAGGCCGGCGCUUGGGAUGCUUGCUGGAAGGAGAUGGAACGAGUGGAUGUUGAAAUCGAACCUAUUCUUGAGCCCGGCGUCAGUGAAGAGUUGGAGCGACUUUUGGCUGCCCAACAAGAGCGUGAAGCUGCCUCUCAUCAACAGAUUGAACUUGCGACGAACCUGGCUCACUGCAUCGAAGAACAGAUUGACGAGCAGAUGGAUCGCUCCUAUGAACAGCAGCCUGAUCUCAUCCACGCGCAACUGGAGAUAGCCCCGCCCAGCCCUGAGACUCCCAUGGCCGAUCAGUCUAGUGCUGAGGAGCGUCGCUAUUUGGAGGAAGAACUUCUGCGCGAGAUCUACAGACAGACACCAGCUCCAGAGAUGUCACCAGAGCAUGACACAGCCUAUCAGCCACAUCCCGACUCCUAUAUCCCGCCACCAUCGCAGCGAUCGCCCUCUGAAGAAGCCUAUGAGCGGCGCGAAGCUCGACGACAAGCUCUCCAGUCUGCUUCUUUUGGCGAUUUGCUGAUUCAAUCUGCGAGGGUCAUCAUGCAAGACACAAGGAAUCUCUUCAUUAUUGGACUAAGCCUCCUGGUUCUAUUAAUGGCGUUGCGUUCUCCACAAAACACUCACACGGAUGCGGUGGUUUUCGAAAACAAAAGUGCAGUCGAGUUGCAGGAGGUUCCCAUCACGGAGGAGGUCCUAGCUGUACAGGAAGUGCCUUCUGCAUUGGAACCAGUCAUGAGCUACGAAAUUGGUGUUGAAAGCAUUGCUACUUUGUCAGCCAUCACGUCUGAGGGUAUUGAGUCUGUGGAAACUUUGAGCGUUGCCGAGCCACGCGCAACUCCCAUGGCCCUUCCUGCACCCGAGCCCCAAGAGAUAGAACCGCCAGUCGUGUCUCCUGUUUUCCAAAGCAUGGUCACGCAGAAGACAACCGUCAAAGUGGUCGAGACAGUCACAGAGACGGCAACUUUGAAAAUUGAAACCGUUACCGAGACGGAGACCAUGAGGGUCAAGGCCACUGUCACAGUGACCGAUGCCCCGAAAUCCACCGCGACAUCGAGCAACUGGAGUAUGGAUUUGGAGCUCUACGGCUCGCAGGCCUCUGAGGCUAAUGUCAUUGUCGAUGAUAGUAUGCUUAUUGAAGCACACUAA